CAUGAAUAACGUUGAGAAGAGUCAGAAUAACAACGCAUUCACAAGAUUUGGAGGAGAAAGUCUCGAUAUUUUGUUAAAAGAUGAUAUUACAAGAAAACAACUUUUACAAGAAUCGACAUUCCAUGAAUAUCUAACAGAAAAUCAUAAGAUUUUAGCUGAACUUUUACUUAGCGAUGAUGGUUAUGAAAAACUACACAAAAUAGAAAUAAUUCGACAAACUAUGGAAAAGAAACAAUUUCAAGAUGCGUACGAAGCGGCUAGAGUAAAGAAGUUUAUUCCAAGUUAUGAUCUUUUAGUAUAUGCUCUUUUAAAUGAGAAAUUGAUUGAAGUCAUCGAGAGUGACAACGAACUAAAUCAAAUUUGUUUGAAGGAUGCUUCGAUGCAAUGCCUAUUAUCUUCGGAUGUUGACUUAAAACAGAGAAUAUUAAGUAGGGAAAUCGAUGCUGUAUAUGUUCUGAGAAACGAGAAUUUGAAAGAUGUUUUAUUAAAUAUGAACGAAACGAAAUGUAGAUUGGAGAGGGUAAAGAGAAACGAGGGAAACCAACCGGCUAUAUUACCUGCCCUAAAUUACAAUCAAACUGAACUAAAAAUAUUUGAAAAUGACAUGAAAAGGGCCAUGUACGCUUUGGAUAGAAAUAUGUAUAGUUUUAAAGAAAGGGUUAAUAACGUUACAAGAAAAUUAGGAAAAGGAGAAAAGUUAGAUCUUGAUAGUGAAAUUCUUGCUGAUUUAAAAGAUGAAGAUUUAUUUAGCAUCUCUCAGAAAUUUCAACGAGGUUUAAACGUUAAUCAUUCGGAAGAAUCGUCGUUGAAUAAGAGUAAUAACAAUGUUGAAAACUCAUUUGACGACCCAGUAGGUAUUUGUAGAAUAUUUACUGGUCCAAAUAUGAAGGGUAUUAAGGGUGGAGAUAUUUCUGAAUCGAGUUUAACCGAUAAGGAAAACGUUAUUACUAAAGACGAGUUGGUCGCCUUGCAAACGAGAGUUCAGGCAGCUGAAAGAGAGACUGAUGAAUUAAUUACAAAGAAUCGCGUUCUUCAAAUUGAUUACGAGAAGGAAAAGUCGAAAACGAGAAAAUUAGAAAGUAUACUUUAUGAGAAAAACAAAGAAUUAGAGGAAGGCUUAGUAACUUUAGUAGAAGAUGGCAAACUACAACUGACAAACUCAAUUGUAGAGUCAGAAAUAAAAUUCAGAUCGUUAGAAGUUGAAAAUGACGCCCUUCGGCAUGAUUAUUCGGCAACGAAAAGCGAAUUGGAUAAGAUCUGUCAAGAAAAUACAGAAAUGUUUAGAAGAGUAAAACAGUUUGCCAGAGAAUUAAUGAUUGAAAAGAGUAUUGUUUCUCAAUUGACGGCGUCCAGAGCUGAUUUAGAAUCUAGUAUGAAUAAAUUAGCAGUCGAGAGGGAUAAUUUCAAAAAUGAACUCAUUAAUCAAGAUGAAAAGAUUGGACAAAUUGAGCUGACCGCUAGAGAGCAGAUAACUAAUAUUGAAUUAGAAAUGAGAAAACAAUUAAGAGACUACGAAGAAGCGGUUAACAUCCUUAAAGGAGACAAUCGCCAACUUAUGGCUGAAAUUGCCUGUACGAAAUCAGAAUCCGAAGCCAGAUCUUCCGAAAUGAGCCACACCAGAAAUCUUCUUCGAGCUUCUCGUAUGGAAAUUGAAGAUUUGAACAGAAAACUGGAAGUUGUUACGGAAGAGAAUAUUGCUAGUAGAAACGAGAUUGAACAUAUUAUGACGGAGUUUAAUACAAAAUGUAAACAGAAUUGUAAUUUAGAAGAAGCCAUUGAAAAGACGAAAGAAGAGAAAGAAAAAUUGCUAUCAAAUAGAUACGCUCUUGAAAGAGACGUUGAGAGAUUAGGCGAAGAGUUAAAGAGGACAAAAGAUGAUAUUGUUGAAAGUGCUAGAAGGCUUGGAGACGCAAGAAAUAGUUCUCUAGAAUCUGAGAAAAUGUAUCAAAAUUCUCAAAACAUGAUAAUAUCUCUGCAGACAAAUCUACGUGCGGCCGAAGGUCAAUUGUCAGCUGUUGAAGAUGAAAAGAAAUGCCUUCACCAACGUGUAAAUAAAUUAAAUGAACAAAAUAAGUUCCUACAAAAGGAAAUUAACCAUAUUAAACAAUUGUUGGCCGCCGAAGAGGCUAAUCUGAAAGAUGAGAAAAAAAAAUCAUCCGACAUGAAGCAUGAACUAGUCUUCUUGAACGAUACUCAGGAAAAGAUGAGAAACGAAUUAGAGAUAUUGCAAGCAGCAUUAGAUAAAGAACAGAACUUACAUAUGUCCCUGAGGGAACAAUAUUUACUUGAAGAGAAGCAAAUGUCUCAACUGCAAGACAAGAUAAGACAAUACGAAGUUCAAGUUAUUUCGUUGGAGAAGAGAUUACAAGAGGAAACGAUACAAAUGCAACAAUGUAGAGCUGAAAAAGAGCGCUUAGUCGAAGAUACCAGAAGUUUGUACAGAAAAUUAGAGGACUAUGAAGAACUCUUAUCUAAGGAGCAGAUUAAGUAUAAACAAACUUUGGACAAGAUAAGACAAGAUUUUAUGAAUGACAUCGAUUACAUAAAAAGAGAGAAAGGUAUAUCAGAUGAUACACUCGGCAGUUUAAGGGACGAAAUAGUUGAUCUUAAGGAGCAAAUUAGAGCUAAAGACUUGCAAAUUAGAGGCUGUUAUCAAUCCAUUGGACAAUUAGAUUCCGAAGCUAAAGGACGCAAAGAAUUGGAAUGUCAGUUAAUGCAAUCGGAGGCUGACUUAAGAGAUAUGGAAAUGAUUACAAAACAAUAUAAAGAAGAAGCUCAAACAGAAAGAGAGAAGCAGACGCAAUUAAUUCAACAAAAUGAUAAGUUGAGAAUGAAUAUUGUUCAAUUAAAAGAAGGAUUGAAAAUUGUUAAAGAAGAGUAUACUAAAGAAGUGUUUGGUCUUAACGCAGACCUUCAGCAACUAUCAUCCAAUUCUGAUGAGGAAAUCACUCAACUAAGGAAUAGCUUAAAUAAGACAGCUACGGAUUUGAAAGCAACCGAAGCAUCCUUAGUCGCUCUCAACGAUGUUGGAGAUUCUUUACGUUCAACGAAUAUAAACUAUGAAAAAACUGUCGAUGCGUUAAAGAGACGGUUACACCAAGAAAUAAAUAAUAGACGAUUAGCCGAACAGCAUUUGGAAGCUCUUAGACUUAAUCAGGGAUCAAGACACUCAAUUCAUAAGUCGAUGACGGAAGACACUAUUAGAUCUGCGGGAAUCAGUAGCGCUAAACUUGAACAAGAACUUUUACACGAGAAAGAUCAGGCAGCAAUUCUGAAAAAACAACUACAAUCUGUUCAAACAAGCUUCUAUACUCAAGAAGCUCAUAUUCAAACUUUGGAACUACAAUUAGCUGAGAGUCAAGGUCAAAUUGCGACGUUAAAAAGAAAAACCGAAACACUACACGGCAAAUCGUCAGAAGAACCUAACGAUUUAAAACAGUUAGAUGAUUUAAAGAAACACUUAACUUUAUACGAAAAAGAAAGAGCCAUAUUUUUUCAAUCAGCUCAAAAACUAGCUGCUGAUUUGGAGGAUGCCAGAUCACAGUUAAUAUCAAAAACAAAGGAAUCUGUCCAAUUAUCAGAGCAAUGCAAAAGUUUAAGAGAGAAAUUAACAGAGGUAGAGAAAAAUAAUAGAGCAUUUGAUGAAUCUAUUAGAAUGGAGGCUGAAAAACGGGAGAUUCUAGAACAUAGAAAUCAUCAUUUAGAAAUACAAAAUGCCAGAAUGAGAGCUAUAACUGGUCGUCAAGAAACGUAA